AUGACAGAUAAACAUUUCAGUGAAUGUGGGAAAUCUUUUGCCACUAGUACUGUCCUUCAUUGUCAUCAGAGAAUUCACACUGGAGAAAAGCCUUAUAAAUGCAAUGAAUGUGGGAAAUCAUUUACCAAUUUGAGUAGCCUCCAUUAUCAUCAAAGUGCUCACUCUGGAGAAAAACCUUAUAAAUGCAGUGAAUGUGGGAAAUGUUUUAUCACUAAUAGUGAGCUUUGUCGUCAUCAGAGAGUUCACACUGGAGAAAAGCCUUAUAAAUGCAAUGAAUGUGGGAAAUCAUUUACCAAUUUGAGUAGCCUCCAUUAUCAUCAAAGUGCUCACUCUGGAGAAAAACCUUAUAAAUGCAGUGAAUGUGGGAAAUCUUUUAUCACUAGCAGUGAGCUUCUUCGUCAUCAGAGAGUUCACACUGGAGAAAAGCCUUAUAAAUGCAAUGAAUGUGGGAAAUCAUUUACCAAUUUGAGUAACCUCCAUUAUCAUCAAAGUGCCCACUCUGGAGAAAAACCUUAUAAAUGCAGUGAAUGUGGGAAAUAUUUUAUCACUACCUCUGAACUUCAUUGUCAUAAGAGAGUUCACACUGAAGACAAGCCUUGUGAAUGCAGUGAAUGUGGGAAAUCUUUUACCACUAGCAGGUACCUUUAUUGUCAUCAGAGAAUUCACACUGGAGAAAAGCCUUAUAAAUGCAAUGACUGUGGGAGAUCUUUUACCUGGAGUACUGCCCUUCGUCGUCAUCAGAGAAUUCACACUGGAGAAAAGCCUUAUAAAUGCAGUGAAUGUGGGAAAUCAUUUACCAAUUGGAAUAGCUUCUGUUACCACCAUCAAAGUUCUCACACUGGAGAAAAAUCUUAUAAAUGCAGUGAAUGUGGGAAAUCUUUCAAAAGUAGCAAUGGUCUUCAGAAUCAUCAGAGAGUUCACACUGGGUAAAGCUAUUAUGGGUGCAAAUAACAUGAGAUAUGUCUCAGCCAAAUUUCUAAAUGUCCUUUGCACAUAUGAGUCCAAAUGAGAGUAAUUACUUAGAUGUGUACGAAAUGUUGUUUCUUAGUUAGGUCUUAACAAUAGUAUAAGAAAAUUUGUGAAGUCUCAUUUGUCUGAAUUGUAAUCUCAUACAUUAUAUAAAGUCCCCGUAAGUGUUUUUGUUGUGUUUAUUUUUAUGUUGGAACUAUGCAUAUUUAUGUUUCACUUUGUA